GUUGUAUAGUAGAGCGCGUGAUUUCUGAAACUGCUCGUUAGGAAAGACCAUUUUCAGAGUUUUCGCUGUAUCUCAACUAGUAUGAUAACCCUUUAAGUCCUUUUUGGCUUUGGCUUCAUUAAUAAUAACGUUCUAUAUUUAACCCAGCUGGCACGGAAUCAUCGUGUGUAUUCAAUGCUUAAACAACCAUGCAGGAUAUUCACCAUCGCCUUGAUUGCCCUGGUUGCGUUGUACUUCGCCGUUUUCUUGACUGCAGUCUCUGACACACAGUUUAUAAAAACAUCAUUCAUUACGCCAUUCAGAGAUAAUCAAAAAGAACCUCCUAACAUCUCCCAAACUGCUUCUCGGCAUCCCCUACCAAAUAUUGUGCAAGAUAUCGUGAGUUAUGGCGACGGAGACAGAUUUCCGGUACACAUAGUUCGGUUUUAUAGGCAUCCACCCAAUAAUUCGCACAGUUUCUGCUGGACAGAAUGUGUUAGCGUCCUGUCUAUUUUGCUUUAUGUGCAACCAAGCAAAAUUUACAUCCACACAAAUUACCCCGAAUUCUGGCCAUUCGAUGCUUGUAAUAUGAUCAACAACUAUUCACUGGUUAACUUUAUUUCCACUCCGCUGCGGUUAGUAAUUAAUGGGAGACGGAUUGCAGAAAUCCAACAUGAAGCGGAUACUGCAAAGCAAACGUUGUUGAAUGACUGGAAAACAGGCAAAUGGGAGUGCCUGCUAUCGCGCGAAGACCAGUGGAUGAACAGCGGAUUUAUCGCUUGCCGGAAAGGUCAUACUUUCAUUCAGGAAAUAUUGGCUCGCUAUUGGAAUGAUUAUCGCGAUGAGUGGCUAUAUAACAGCGGUAAAGUGCCGUACGAGAUCUACAACACCAAUUUCGAUCGGUAUCGUCUGGCACUUUACGUGGACGGACAAAUGGCCACGCACAACAGAUUCUACAGUGGAUCCAUUCGAUACAGAGAAAUUCCGGCAUGGCACUCGUUCUACCAUAGUUGUGAGGAUAAUGCAACCAAUACCGUCCAGUUAGCCGUUAACUCGACGUUCUGGGAGAUGCUGCAUUUCGUCCUGAGAGAAGGAGAGAAAGCCUUCCAGACUUCCGGUUCUACAUGAUAUGUACCAUUGUCGACAGCAUCGAUGGCCAAUUGUGAUUAAUUAUACACAUCACUUCAAGACUGGAAAUUACUCAGUUUAAAAAUGAUAAAAAGAAUAGAAGCCUGCUGA